AGAUCAUUAACCGUUUCUAGUAUCCAUUCCACCUUUACACUUGCUCAUUCGUUCCGCCUUACUUCUUUAACACCAUCUGAUAAAGCAGGUUUACCGAGGGCAGCACUUUAACAGAAAGCUUUCACCUGGUGCCUGACUAAGAAUAUUUUCCUUCUCUUUUACAAACACUUGAACUUGGGAUUCGAUUGCUCACCAUGACUGAAUCCACCUUCUUCCGUUCGGAGGAAAUGUCGCUGAUUCAGUUGUACAUUCCAGCUGAAGUCGCACAGCCUGCUGUCUCUGAACUUGGAGAGUUGGGUCUUGUGCAAUUCCGUGAUCUCAAUCCCGAUGUUAAUGCUUUUCAGCGUGCCUUUGUUACAGAGAUUAGACGUUUCGAUGAGAUGGAGAGACAACUUCGUUUCUUUACCUCACAGAUCGAGAAGGCAGAGAUUCCUAUCCGCCACUCGCACUCAACCCCAUAUUUGACGCGUGCCCGUUCGCGUCAGGAGUUGGAUGAUCUCGAAGAACGUCUUUCUGAGCAUGAGAACCGUCUUCUUCAGAUGAACAAUUCAUACGAAACUAUGCAGCGCCGCUUUCUUGAGCUCACGGAACAAAAACACGUUCUUCGUGAGACUCAUGAUAUUUUCGAAGAUGCUGCCAUACACCAAGAAGAUGCUCGCCGUUCCUUUGAUGAGCCUAGUGCUCCUCUUCUCGACGACUUGGAAACUGGUGCUGGCCUUCAACUCGGCAAUGUCACUGGUGUUAUUCCUCGUAGCAAGAUGCAGACAUUUGAACGCAUUCUUUGGAGGUCUCUUCGUGGAAAUUUGUACAUGAACACCGCAGAGAUUGAAGAGCCUGUCAUUGAUCCCUCAACUGAUGUGAUUGUGGAGAAGAAUGUUUUCAUUAUCUUUGCACAUGGACGUGAGAUUCUUGCCAAGAUUAGAAAGAUUGCAGAGUCCCUCGGUGCCACUCUCUAUCCUGUUGAUGCAUCUCCUGACCGUCGCAGGGAGGCACUUUCGGACGUCAUGCGCCAUAUUGAGGAGUUUAACUCUGUUCUCGCUAAUACAACCCAGACCCGUCGUCAGGAGCUGAUGCGUAUUUCAGAGAAUUUGAACGCAUGGAUGACUAUUGUUAAGAAGGAAAAGGCAACCUACCACACCAUGAACCACUUCAACUAUGACAUCAACCGCAAAUGUCUGAUUGCUGAGGGCUGGUGCCCCACCAACGAGAUCAGCACUAUCCAGACUGCUCUUCGUGGUGUCACUGAACGCGCAGGAUCGACUGCUCCGACCAUUUUGAACGAGCUCCGUACUCACAGGGAGCCUCCUACUUACCACAAGACUAACAAGUUCACGGCUGGUUUCCAGGCCAUUGUCGAUGCUUAUGGUAUGGCGCGUUAUCGCGAGGUCAACCCUGGCUUGUUCACUGUGAUUUCUUUCCCUUUCCUCUUUGCUGUCAUGUUUGGUGAUGUGGGACACGGCAUCUUGGUUUUACUCGGUGCUCUCUACCUUGUUAUGAAUGAGCGUAAGCUUGCUCAUGUUGAUGGAGAGAUGUUUCAAAUGGUCUAUGGUGGCCGCUACAUCAUCCUUCUCAUGGGUGCCUUUUCGAUUUUCACCGGAAUGAUGUACAAUGAUAUUUUCUCACGUGCGUUGCCCUGGUUCCAGACUGGGUGGGUCUUCAACGUUCCUGAAGAUUAUGACGGCAAAACUGUCAUCGUCGCUGAACCCAAUGGUCACACCUAUCCUUUUGGUAUCGACUAUGCUUGGCACGGAACUGAAAACUAUCUUUUGUUCACCAAUUCGUACAAGAUGAAGAUGUCGGUUGUCCUGGGAGUGAUCCACAUGUCCUUCGGUAUCUGCAUGGUCUACUACAAUGCAAAGUUCUUCCGCAAGCCCAUUGAUAUCAUCGGUGGCUUCAUUCCUCAACUGCUGUUCAUGCAGGUCUUGUUCGGCUACCUUGUUAUCAUGAUUGUUUACAAAUGGACUGUAGACUGGUUUGAGCAUGAUGCAGCUGGUUAUCCUGUCCGCAAUACGCCACCAAGUUUGCUUAACACUAUGAUCUAUAUGUUCUUGAGCCCUGGCUCGGUUAACGAGAAUGAUAAACUCUACCCCGGACAAGGUUUCAUUCAAGGGUUGCUUGUUUUCAUUGCAUUCAUUUGCAUACCUUGGAUGUUAUUCUUGAAGCCAUAUUAUCUCAAGCAUGAGCACAACAAUGCUCGUUCGAAGGGAUACCAUCAACCCUCUGAGAACCAUGUUCGUAUCAGUACAGACAGUACGCACUCAGAUGAUAUCGGUGGUGCUGUCGUUGCUGAUGAUGUGGAGCAUGAGGAGGAGUUUGAGUUCUCGGAAGAGUUGAUUCAUCAGGUGAUUCACACGAUUGAUUUCUGUCUUGGAUGCAUUUCCAAUACAGCAUCGUACCUUCGUCUGUGGGCUCUGUCACUUGCUCACGCACAGCUGUCUGAGGUACUUUGGACUAUGACCCUAGGCAUGGCUUGGAGCUUCACUGGUUUUGUGGGCACAUUCUUGACGAUCGUCAUGUUUUCGGUAUGGUUCUCAUUGACGAUCUUUAUCUUGGUGGGUAUGGAGGGUCUAUCUGCAUUCUUGCACGCUCUUCGUCUGCACUGGGUUGAGUUCAACAACAAAUUCUACCAGGGUACAGGAUAUGCCUUUGAACCCUUCUCGUUUGUGGCCGUCCUGUCUCAGAAGGACGCGUAAACGAUACUAGAAGGCUCUUGAUGACAAAUGGAAUACGAUGAAAGCAUUCUGUUUGCAGUUAUCUAUGCUUUUCUUUGGUCUCCUUUUACACUUACAAUUUCAGACAAUAUUACGAAACAAAUAAAGAGUCAUUGAAACGAUUAACCACAUCUAUCCCGCUCAAUAAAAUGCUGAAAUUCC